CACCGCCUAAUUAAGGUACUAUUAUUCUUGGCCCCAUCUGGCUGCUCUCAGACGCAGAACUCCUUCUCAGAGAUAAGUCGCAUACUUGAUGGAUGAGCCAUAAUGUCAAAGCAAUACCUAACCACGCACACCGUGGACAAUGCACACGUCACGGACAUCUUUUCUAUAGCCGCAACUCCACGAGCCAUCCUUUCCGCCGGCGGUUCCUCGACGCUCCGCAUCCACGACACGAACGAUCCGACCUUCCCUAUCUCCCAGUCCAUUAGCGGAGCGCACGAACUCGGCUGCCACCACAUCUGCGCCUCCCGCGACGGGUUGGUGGCCGCGAGCGCGGGCUUCGACGGCGUAGUGAAGGUCUGGACCGUCACGAAAGAAACAGGGGAGUGGAACCAACAUGCGGAGAUCAAGCUGCCAGGCAAGGCGGGGGAGAUCUGGGCCAUCGCUCUGAGCGAGAACGGCCGGUACCUGGCGGGAACUACAUACGAUGGUCGCAUCAAUGUCUGGGACGUCGGCGACUCGAGUACCCCCAAGAUACAGGAGUAUGAGACGGGCAGCGCAGGGGCUAGCAGCUUCGGCAUGUGCGUCGAUCUGAGUCCGGACGGCAAGUUGACAGCCAGCGGGCACCAGAACGGUGCGGUGUAUGUGUUCAACAAUGACACGGGUCGGAUGCUCUACUCUCUAUCUGGUCUUGCCAAGCCGGUGCGUACCGUCGCUUUCUCCCCCGGCAGCACCCGGCUGGCGGCGGCGGGAGACGCUUCCGUCAUCGCCCUCUACGACAUGAAGCAUGGCGAGCACGUUGGCAACCUGACGGGCCACGCGUCGUGGAUCACCUCCCUCGACUGGAGCAAUACGGGCGAGUACCUUCUGAGCGGCGCCAUGGACGGGAAGGCCAAGGUGUGGUCGAUCGACCGGGCUGCCUGCGUGGCCACGCAUAGCGAGACGGAGAAGGCACUGUGGUCGGUCAAGUGGCUGCCCAAGACGAAUCGGAGCGAGAUGUUCUGCACGGCUGGUGCGAACCGGAGUCUUACAUUGUACAGGGAGGCCACGGGGAUCUAAUGACUGGGUAGGCAAAAACUACGAACGUGACAUGAAUACAGGCAUGAAAUGGGCUUUGCGUAUACAAUAAAAAAGCAUCAAUGAGUCUCAUCGACUACGACAAGGCUCAAAAGAAGGGCGGUCUAAGACGCGUGUGGUCGUAGGGCUAUCUUGGAAGGACAGAAGACGCUGACGCGUAUGUCAUUGAUGUCGCACUAAAAACACGUGAGCCUGUUUUCUGUGUUUCUAUUAGCUGGAUUAGCCCUAUAUUCCUCGCGUGGAAAAGGGGUAGAUAUAUUUAGAACACCCAC